GCCAGCCAGGAGGGUGAGGAGAACCCAGUCAGACCGAUUUCCUUCUCCAUGCCCUCCUUAUCAGUCGACACUGGCCAGAAACGACUGAGGCGGGAGAAGCGCUUCUUCAGAAAGAGUGUGGAGAUUUGUGAGGAGGACGAUGAGGUGGAGGUGCCCCCAGAGGCGCCCCACAGUGCCCCCCACCUGGAGCUGCGCUCUUCAGACUCAAUCUUCACCAGCAGUGCCCAGCAGCAAGAGACUGCUUCAUCCUGUGCUGCCAUGGGCCAUGACCCAUCCUGCCCCAGCUCCAACCAGGAGCCGGGCAAGGAUGUACCUUCAUCCGCAACCACCCAGAGGGGGAAGGAGAGGGACCGUGAGCAGGAGGAGGAGGCGGAGAUGAAGGCUCUGGCCACCUCACCUGGAGGCAGGUUCCUCAAGUUUGACAUUGAACUGGGAAGAGGAGCCUUCAAGACUGUGUAUAAAGGCCUGGACACAGAGACUUGGGUGGAGGUGGCUUGGUGUGAACUUCAGGACCGCAAGCUGACCAAGGCGGAGCAGCAACGCUUCAAGGAGGAGGCCGAGAUGCUGAAGGGGCUCCAGCACCCCAACAUCGUCCGCUUCUAUGAUUCCUGGGAGUCUGCGCUCCGCGGCAAGAAGUGCAUCGUCCUGGUCACUGAACUAAUGACUUCAGGAACACUCAAAACUUACCUGAAGCGCUUUAAGGUGAUGAAACCCAAAGUCCUGAGAAGCUGGUGUCGGCAAAUCCUGAAGGGCCUUCACUUCCUUCACACUAGGACUCCUCCGAUAGUCCACCGGGACCUCAAGUGUGACAACAUCUUCAUAACAGGCCCCACAGGCUCGGUCAAGAUAGGUGACCUGGGACUGGCCACUCUUAUGCGGACCUCCUUUGCUAAGAGUGUCAUAGGAACACCGGAGUUCAUGGCCCCAGAGAUGUACGAGGAACACUACGAUGAGUCUGUGGACGUCUACGCCUUCGGGAUGUGCAUGCUGGAGAUGGCCACGUCAGAGUAUCCCUACUCUGAGUGCCAAAAUGCUGCUCAGAUCUAUCGCAAAGUCACAAGUGGUAUAAAGCCAGCCAGCUUUGAUAAAGUGAAUGAUCCGGAGAUCAAAGAGAUCAUCGAAUGCUGCAUCCGGCAGAACAAGAGUCAGAGACUCUCUAUCCGAGACCUCUUGAACCACGCGUUCUUUGGGGAGGACACUGGGGUUCGGGUGGAGCUGGCAGAGGAGGACACAGGCACCCAGGACUGUCUGGCUCUCCGGAUUUGGGUUGAAGAUCCCAAGAAGCUAAAGGGGAAGCAUAAAGACAACGAGGCCAUCGAGUUCAGCUAUGACCUGGAGAAUGAUAGUGCUGAGGAAGUGGCUCUAGAGAUGGUGAAGUCAGGAUUCUUCCACGAGAGUGAUGCCAAGGUGGUGGGUAAAUCCAUCCGGGACCGUGUAAAUCUGAUCAAAAAGUCACGGGAGCGUCGACAGCAGCAGCUCCUCCAGCAGCAGCAGGAAUUUGAAGAAAAAAGAGACUCCACUCUCACCUCUUGCACCUUUUCUCAUCCAUCCUGCACAUCCUCACUGGGGCCAGGAGCAGCUGGACAGACCGGAGGAGGAGGAGGGCAGGAGUUUGAGGAGCUGCCGGACAUGGACCAGCAUGUCAGGCAGCAACAUAUUUUCAGUGGGACAACCCUUAGUCUGCCAGGUGAGAGCAUUGGGUCUGCCAGCUGUGAAUCUUAUGCAAGUGGACAGAGCCAGGCGUACUCUCAGCAAGGGGAAUCAUACACCCACCCCCAGACUACUCUCCCCCCUACGGCAUCUAACUCUGGCACAUUGGCUCAUCAUCAAAUGGUUGGUGAAAGUGUUCCCAAUGUGCCGAUUGGUCACAGUGUCAGUAUAUCCAGCAUGUCCGUGGGCCAAAGUGCAGGGGGACCUGUUGGUCAGACAUUUCUUCAGCCCAGUACCAUGGUUCCACAGGUAUCACAGAGUGUCCCUCAACAAUAUGUUCAGUCACAAACAUUCCCAUCAGAUGCAUUUCAAACUGCCACUCCCCAUGGGUCAUUGGCCCCCUCACAGUCAUACAUACCUCCUGUUUCCCCACAAGCACCUAUUAAUGUUCACACCACAUCCAUGUCAGUCAAUGAUCCUGCUGGACUAGGGGGGACCAUUGUGCCCCUCGCUCAGCAGACCCAACCUCCUGCCACUCCCAUGCAGCUCACUGACAUCAUUCCCCAUGCAGCACCCCAGCAAACACAGCCUGUCAUGAUCCCUCAGCAGACUAUUGUCCAACAACAACAGAUAGGGAUGGAUCCCCAGACCUCCACCCUUCAGCAGCAGCCGCUACAGCAAAUGGAGGCCCAGGCUACUCUGCUCGAACAACAACAAGUUAGUGCCACUCAGCCACCAACGGAUCAUCAUCCACAGAGCCUUUCAGCUAUCGCUGUCCAACAUCAACAUGAGCCUCAGCAGCAGAUCUAUGUUCAGCAGCCGGUCCACACAACUCCUCAGCAGCAAGUUUUACCUCCGCAACCAGGUAUGGAGCAGCGAGCUAUGUCGUUACCACAGCCAGGGGAGCAAGCUCAGACUUACAAACAGCAACCAACAGGGGAUCCCCGUGAGCAGACCAUGAUACAACCACAAUUGCAACAACAGCUUCAUCAAACUCUGUUACAACAGCAACAAGCUUUACUGCUUGAGCAACAGCAGACUUACGUCCAGCAACAACUUGAUCAGCAGCAACAAAAAACACUGCUUCAACAGCAGCAACAUCAACAGGCCCAGCUACAACAACAUCAACUGGAGCAGCAGCAAGCACUUAUACACAAGCAAUUGUUGGAUCAAAAACAGCAGCAAGCUCUUAUUCAACAGCAACAAGAGCAACAGCAAGGUCUUAUACAACAACAACCACCACAACAAGCACUUUUACAACAUCAGUUAGAGCAACAACAGCAACAACAACAACCUCCUUCUCAGCAGCAGCAUCAGAGUCAGUUGUUUCAACAAAUUGGACAACACCAAACUGGACUACAAAAAGAACCAGAGAAGCAGCAGCUAAGUGGACAACAACAGCAACAAAUUGUAUUGCAGCAGCAACCCCAGCAGACUCAACAGCAAAACGAACAAUUGCAGCAGCAAGCCUUACUCCGACAAAUUGAACAACAACAGCAACAAACACUAAUACAACAGCAUCUGCAACAGCAGGCUAUUUUACAACAACAUCAGCUACAACAGAAAGCUCAGCUACAGCAACAGCAACAUGAGCAGCAACAAGUGCAACUCAAACAGCAGAUAGAGCAGCAGCAGCAAGCUCUGUUGCAACAACAGUUUGAGCAACAGCGUCAGCAACAAUUCCUGUUACAACAACAACAAGCAGAGAGAUUACAUCAACAGGCUGUGAUACAGCAACAGAUUCAAGAGCAGCAGCAACACGCUGCCAUCAUUCAACUUCAGCAAACUGAGAAACAAGAGGCUGUCCCGAUUCCACAAAGUAACAGUGAGCAGCAGAUUCAGCAGCAACCAACUGAUAUGCAGCACGUGUGUAUCCCACAACUAAAUGCCACUCAGUUUACACCUCACACUACUCUCACACAGCAGCAAGUGAUGGAGCAACAUCACCAAGCAGCAUUGAUUCAGCAGCAGCAAGCAUUUAUUGCCCAGCCGCAGCAUCACACUGCAGUAAUGGAACCUAAUAUCCCAGUUGGAGCUCCGCCCGGCACUGAGGUGAUUCAGCACCAAGCUCAAAUUGUCUCACAGGCCCAGGUUCCCAUGGCCAUUCAGACUACUCACAUCCCUGUCCAGACGUCUGCUGUUGUCCCAGUACUUACUCAACAAGGACAAAGUGAGACUCAUCCCCAGAACCAGGUCCCAGUCCAAUGUAUAGCCCAGUCUACAGUCCAAGCUGCUCAGGCUAUAAUUGAGGCCCAAGUAACUCCUCCUGCAGCAGUGAUCCAGGGACAGACUCAAGUCAUCCAGACCCAGCAAAUUCCUUUACAGACUAGUUACCCGGGAUCUGCCCCCCUCACACAGAGCCAGGUAAUCCAGUCUCAGCCUCUGCACCUGACAAUGAGCCAGUCCCAGCCACCAACUGUGGACAAUCAGAUGAUGGGCCAACAAAGCCAAGCUGCAGCGCAGCCUCCAGCUGCAAUUGCCUCAAUUCCCAGUCAGCUCCAACACGAGACUUUUGUUCAGCAAAAUGCUCAAAUGCCUCCACUCAUGCAGUCCCAGCUCCAUCAACAAACUCAAGGUCAUCCACCUAGCCAGAUGCAUGCUCAGACUGCUGGCCUUCUGACCCAUCAGUAUGUCCCUCAGCUUACCCACCAAGCCAUGCCAUCUGUACAACAUGAUAUAACUCAUGUUACACAACAGCAGCAGCAGCAGCAGCAGCAGCAGCAGCAACAAGAGCCAGUGCUACAAUUUCAACAGAUUAUUCGGUCUUCUAGCUCAGCUGGAAGUGUCGGAACUACAAGUACUACUGGUCUCAGUUCUGCAGUUGACCCUGCAAACUUUGUCACCACUCCUCAUUCUGUGCAGCAGGCUGGACAAUCCUAUGUUCCAGGCCAAACAACACAACAUCCAGUUGUUCAGGCCCAGCAGCAGCCCCUAGGAGGCACUGCUGACCCUUCGGUCAUUCAGUCCAUCUGUCAGCCUCCCAUGCCUCCGUCUACUGUGCAAUACCAGCAACAGCUACAGAGGAUUUCUCAAGUGCAGCAAUCACUGGCUCCAUCUCCUCCACAGGCACAGUUACUGGCACAGCCUAUCCCAACUCCCAUCCAGCAACCUCCUUCUAUAAAGCAGGCUUUGAUGCCCCUGGACAAGAGUCAGCUGCCCUCACAGGGUCCACCUGCUUCAUUUCUGGUGAACCAUCCUUCUGCACAGAUAGGCCCCAGUAAUGUUGCAGAGCCUCAGUCCCAGAACAAGACCCUGCCCAUCUAUAGUCAUCUAGUGACAGGCGCCCCUCCGUCUCCGCAGCACCAAGCCAAGCAGAUGCUGCCAGCUCACACACACACACAAACCAGCUUUCAGGCCCAAACACAGACACUCCUUCAGACACAGGCUCAUUCUCACACUCAGACACGCACUGACACACCUAAUGCUGAACAGCCUGUUCUACCCCAUGCUGUCUUUCCUGCACAACAAAUGCCCCUCAGCCCCUCUCAUACCUCAUGUCCCCCAACAUCACUACCAUCUCUCCUUUACCUGCCAUCCCACCAUCCUGCAGUUUCCCCUCUGCCAGAGCUGCCUACAUCUCCUCCAGCGGCCCAGAUAACCUUACCAGGGCAGGUCGACUUUAUUCCCACCUCCCCUCCGCCUGUCACUACUCUACAAUCGCUUGACUAUAAUGCCCCUAAACUACCCCAAGCCUCGCUUCAAGACUGUGACCUUUCCCUGCUGGGUGUUGCUCAGGACGGUCCGUACCUGUCAAGUACAGAACAUCAUUCUUCGUCAGGGUCUGUUCCAGCUAAUGGAGAAGAAGCUCUUCAACUCUUGGCCAAUGGAAAGCUAGAGAAAGUAAAGACUCAAAGGAAGAACUUCCUGUCAGAAGUUUGAGAAGUUUCACAUCAGUUUCAACUGAGCAUGCUGCAGGUUUCAGGCAGUGGGGACAAUAUGGUGGAAUGCCAGUUAGAAACCCAUACCAACAAGAUGGUGACGUUUAAAUUUGACAUUGAAGGGGAUGCAGCAGAGGAGAUAGCAGAUUACAUGGUGGAGGAGGACUUUGUCCUUGAUGUAGAGAAAGAGACAUUUGUUGAGGAGCUUAGAACCACAGUUAAGAAAGCUCAUGAAAUUCUUCAAACACAUUCACAGACUGGAUCAACCGACCAGUUGUUUGUGAGCACUCCGACUAGUUCUUCAAUGGACUCGGUGCCCCAUUCCUCCCCAGUGGGACGCUGGCGCUUCUUUAUCAAUCAGACCAUCCGCCAUAGAGACUCUCUAUCCGGAGCAGACACUCCACUUCCCACUGAAGAGAUGAGGAUACCUCAGUCUCCUAUAACAGAGAGAGAUACUUCUCCUCACUCCUCAUCCUCUUCUACCUCCUCCACUUCCUCCCGUUCCUCCUCUACUUCACCUGACCCAGAGAGGGAUGGCAGAGGAGAGAAAGAUUCCUCAGAAGUGUCCGACUUUGCAGAGACGGGCCCGGUGGAUCAUCAGCCUGGCCCAUCUCUCCCCUCCACCUCUGCCUCGUCCACCCCGCCUACCUCUCUCUUGCCUCGUAAUCAGGGUGAAUCUGCUGGGCCCCAGCGUCCACCUGUACCUGGAGAACCAACGAUUCUUGCUGUACCCCCACAUUCUGACACCAGUACCACUGGAGACGCAUCGUGGCCCCCCAAUCAGCACCCGAUCCCCCUCCGGCAUGGACAGCAGAAGCACAAUGCAGGAGGUGGAUAUUUUGGCCUAAACCUGACAUGUCCUAGUAUCAGAAAUCCUGUUAGCAAGAAAUCCUGGACUCGCAAAUUCAAAAACUGGGCGUGCAAACUGCGCCACUCCGCCAGCUUGUUCAAGAAGCCCAGAGUCCAGCAAGAUGGAUGUUCCAGCAGUCAGGCACUUAGAGAGGAGAAGGAGGCGCCACCCCUAAAUCCACCUCAUUUACGCAAAGGACGAUUUCAUGUGACUUCAGUGCCCCAGAGCCCAUCAGGCCAUGGUAGCACUCACAGGAAAGUGGGACGCUUUUCUGUGUCCCAGGCUGAGACCAAGAAAGAGGACAGGCACACUGACAGCUCCCCAGUGUCUCCUGAUUUGGAGAGGGAGAGGAGGAGAUCUCGGGCCAAGGAGGGAGAGAGAGAUGAACAUAAGAGGACCCCAGCAAUGGCACACCUGCCUCGAGGUCAUGGGCACAGCCACUCACCGCUGGGCAGCAGCGAUGAUGAUGAUAAUGAGUGUGAGAUGGAGGAUGAAGACCUGAGAAAAGAACUACACAAGCUCAGAGAGAAGCACAUCAAAGAGGUGGUGUCCCUUCAGUCCCAGCAGAACAGAGAGCUGCAGGAGCUGUACAGACAGCUUCGUUCCCUCAAAGACCAAAGGCAGAGUCUGCCUGCCUCCCUGUCCCGAACGCCUCCUCUUCCAUCGGGACCUCCUGUCCUCUCUCCUCGUAGGCCCAGGCCAGCCAAAAUCAAGCUCCGGCCCCGGCCUCACUCUCACAUGGAUAACAACGGAGUUACACACUCUGGGAUUCAGCAGUCAAGUAGUUUCUCAGGUGGUGAACAGAGUAGACUGCCUCUUUACUGUAACACAGAGCACUGCACUUCACUGCCUGCCAAAGGAGAUCACAGUCCUAUAAGAAAAAGCACAUUCACAGAUGAACUGCACAAACUUGUUGAUAAUUGGACGAAGGAGACGGUGGGCCCCGCCCUCCCGCCCAAGCCUUCUCUGAAUCAAAUCAAGCAGAUUCAGCAGGUGCAGGAGUUGGGAGGCUGGAGCCAGCCCACGGAGGUUGCUCCACCAGGUUGGUUUCCAGUGAACCCCCAGGCACCCCCGACCCCUGCCAGCCUGCCUGUGGCAGCCCCUUCCCAAUACACAGGUGGAGGAAGCCUGUCCACCCUGCACUCUCCGGGGCCAUCACCGCAAACGCACACGGCUCAAGGGCCACAGAUGCAGCAAAGUUUACACCUCCAUCAGUCUCUCCCCCUCCAGCAGGUGACCUAUCAGCAGUCUCCACUCCGCCAGCAGAUACCGCAGCCCGGGAUGCAAACUCCCAUACAGUCCCAGUCACUACCACACACACAACCCAUCACCCAGCUGCCCACAUCUCCAGUGUCCACGGCUGCGUCUCUGCUGCCUGGUAGUGGCACCACUGCAUCCACAGAUAGCACUGCUGCUACUGGGGGGACAUUCUGCUCCUGUUCUUCGCCCUCUUCAACCUCUUCCUCCUCUUGCUCUACUGCUGCUCUGCCUUCCAGUGCCAAAAUUCACCCAACACCCCCCACCUCUACUCUUCCUCUGGGACAGAAAUGAAACCAGUGUGAGGCCAAUAUGAAGGCGCAAGAGAUGGAAAUGCAAAGUGGAUCAGGACGUAAAGCAGAUCCAUUUGGAUUGUUAGUGCUGGGUAUGCAUGAGAGAAUUGUAACUGCGAUGAAUAUAUGUUUUCCAGUGUACUUCUGGAUGAGAUGGGGCGUGAAUGUGAUGAUAGAUUAUAGCAUGUACAGACAGAGGGUAACAUGGAGCACAGCAGCUGGGGUUUAUGAAUCAUGGUACGUUUGGCUGUUGAGAUGUAUAAAUUCUUAAAUGUAUGAGUGUGUGCGUUUAUGAGUGUGGUUGAGUGUUUAUGGAUUAUCAGAGUACAUAUCCCUUAUGUCCUUUUACACAAAUUAAUGUUGCUGUUUUCAAAUCGACUCAGUUGGACCUGAACUCUCUUUAAGCAGAGACGAGAAUGACAAGAUAUUUGACGGUGUGUUUUAAUUUGUCAAUGCUUACAGUGAAAGGACUAUCAAUUUUAAAAGUGCAAUUAGUAAUGGUCAUCUAAAUUGAUCAGCAUGUAUUGUAUGGGCUUGUAUGUAAGGCAUAAAUUAUUUUUGUAGAAGCACAUUGAUAAAAACCAGACGCAUAGAGGAUCUUCUCUUGAUCGCUACAUCUUUACAAACUGCAGGCCUACAGCACAAGGCGUUUCAAUGGGCAUCACAUCUCUUUUAAACAACAGCAUGUUACACAGUGGAGCAUGGUAAAGUUAUCUGGCUACCAUCGUUGCAAUGCAAUUAAACACACUGUUGCAGUGUUGUGAAACGGUACAGCAUGUGCUUCAUUUGUAUUAUUUAAUGUUCAGCAGUUGUAACAUAGAAACAGUCUGAAUUACCAUGAGUGAUGUGAUAUCAAUUCUGAUGAAUUCAUAAUGUGAUGGUAAAUUGAAAUAUGCCAUCUAUGUUCAGUGGAUGCCCAAGAUUGCAUGACUUUAAAACUAACUUGACUUGCCAGAGUGCAAAGUGCUUACACUUGCUUUGUAUUCAUGAAUCUCACAAUUGCAGCCUACUGAGAUAAUUCAUCAGUCAUGAGUAAAUUUGCUUUCGAUAUUAAAUGCUUUCACAUUUGACAUUUUUGCUUUCAGUUUGAGCUCCGCAUAUCAAAGUAUAUCACGGUGUCAUGCUGAGGAGGAAGAUGAAAAAGAAAAAAAACUGCCAAGUUAUUAUAGACUGGGGAGACCAUAUGGGUUAUUCCCAUAUUGCCUUUUAAAAUGACUGCUUUUUUUGUGGGUGUGUGAGUGUAUAUUUUCUCUGUGUGACAAAGAUGUGUGAUAGUCCCAUGAUAUAUUGCAUUAUAAAUUGCAUCCCUGUUUCUUUUAUUCAAAGCAGCCUCUCAAAUGUCACUGUACUCAAUUGAAAAUGUUUACUAUGCCUAUUCUUUAGGCUUCCUCAACAAACAAAACAAGCGAGAGGUUCGACCAUAUACCGGUUGCAAGCUUGAUGUCCAACACCGUUGUCAGAUCCUCAAAUGCCUAUUUGUCAACUUUGUUUGGUGUUGGACAAAUUCCUUGUUUCAGUUGUAAACUAUUUAGUCUGUGACCAUAGGCUGUGAAUGCAUCAGUCAGAAGCUGAACUGUGGGCCAUAAUUGUGCUUUAUGCACACUGCAAAAGGUUUACUCAAGUCAAAAUUGUCCAAUUUCUCUAUUUCUAAACUCUUAAUUUGUCGAUGCAGGGAUACACUGAGUAAUGUAUCAGCAGCGGAUAUAUUACUGUAAGUUCUAUUGGGUUAUCAGUGCAUUUAGCCAUACAUUUGACCAUCAUCGGUCAGGCGUUGAUAAACGUUUUGGCAUAAUAAGUAGCCUGUAGUCAAAGCAGCAUUUCUGUUUUAUUAAUGAUAGAGAGAUUGUGUGCAACAGAAAUCAGGAGAGUGCACCGGUUGUUAAAGACUGCUACAUGUAAGUCAAAGGUAUUAAAACAUGAAUGGUUGAGGAGGAGUAGUGCUAAAGGGUAUGGUUGUUCGGAAACUAGAAUAUAAUUUUCUGUAUUUGUUGCUUUUCAAGACAUCCAACAUUGUCACAGAGAUGUAGUUCAUUAUUGGUGAAGGUGAGAUACUGUGCUGUCAUGUCUGAUACUAACAUGUUGGCUGCAAGCUACAGCUUAAUGAUCAUGAUUCAUGAUGUGGAGCUGGCUUUGUCCUUGAAGUGUUACCAAAAUGUUAUCUAAAAGAUAAAGAUUAUUUUUGUAUUUUGAAAUGGGGUUGUACAAAUUGUAAAAUUGUGUUCUCAUCAUUAUAAAUCUGAGGUUAUUUGAAACUAGAAAACACUGGUUUUCAUCAAUGUUUACAUGGGACUCCCCUGUCUUGAUAUACCUCUCUGAGUCCUGACAGACCAUUUAAGAUUAUAUUCAGAGAUCUUUUAAACAUUUUUGACAUCUUAUUUCAGUUUUAAACCACAGACCACCAACCUGUAAGACACAUAACAUACUUACAUAGAUCUUCCUGUUGAGCUGCAGGUCUGAUUGAAUUAACUCACAAAUUACUGCAACAAACAUACGGGGAGUCCCAAAAUGACAUGACUGAGGACCAAUGCUAAAAGGACAUUUGGGCAGAGAAACCUCAACAAAUAAAGUAUGUUGCUGGUGAUUUAGCCUUUGUAAAUUGUAACUAAUUCAACUGUUGAUUUUAUUUAUGUUUUGUAACUAAUCAAAAUAAAUGAUGUUAAACAUCAAA